AUGAUAAAUGAGCAAAUGAAUAUUUAAGGUUUUUAAUAUAAGCUAAGUGAAUAAGAAUUAUAUUAGUUUUUAGAAUAAUUUUUAAAAGAAAAAUUUGAAUAAUAAUCUAAAUUAACUAUAAAAGAGAGAUUUUAAGAAUUGUAAGGCCGAUUCUAAGUAGUUACUUCAAAAUAAACUAAAAAUCAAUAACAAUAAUAUUAAUACUAAUACUAAUAAUAAUUAGAAUAAAAUCAAAGUCAUGAUAGUAUUACAAGUAAUAAAAGUAAAUAACAAAUAUAAUAAUAACCAGAUUCUUCACAUUAAGAUUAGUCAUAUAAUGAAAUUAAUGAAGAAUAAAUGGAGCUAAUAUAAAAUAUUGCUGCAAUUAUGAUUUAGAAGGUAUGGAGAGGUUAUAAAACUAGAUAAUUAGUUUUUGAUUAUCUCUAAUAUUUAAUAUAAUAAUAAGAAGAAGCUUAAUUAGAUGAUUAAGAAGAAAAAUAGUUUUAAGAAGAAGAAUUAAAUGAAUAGUUAUAAGAAGAAGAUCUUAAAGUUAUAGAUUCAAGUAAAUAGCAAAAUCAAGAUGAAUGUCUCUAAAAUGAUUCUGCAAUAUCUCAUCAUUAAGGAUAUGCUCCUCCUCCUUCUGAAUCUAUAAAUUAAUAAUCUCCUCCAUAAUCUAGUCCUAAGGGAAAUUCUAAUAAUCUUUCUCUCAAUUUAAAUUAUUUCUCUCAACCAUAAUAAUCAUUAGCAUAAUAAUCUAAUAAUAAUACUUAAAUAUUAUAGGAAUAAUAAUCUGGUUGCUAAUCACAAUCUGAAAAUAUUGAAUCUCAAAUUUAAGAUUCUUUACCUUUAAAAAGAGUAUAAAAUUAACAUGAUUCUAAUUAAGACCCUGAUUAUUAUAUUUAAGUAUUAAAAUCUCGAGAAGAUGCUUUAUAACAAAAAUAUAAUUAAUAGGUUAUCCUGUUGGAAAAAAUGUUAGAAAAAAAGAAAGUCACUAUAGAUUUGUUCUCUGAAAAUAAAGAGAAGUUAGAAAGAAAAUAUAAAAGAGAAAGAGCAAAAUUACAAUAAUCGAAAAAUGAAGUUGAAAGGCUUCAAUAAAUGUUUAAAGAAACAAUCAAAUCUACAUAGAAAGAUCAUUAAUUUAUGGAGAAGAUUAAAAUGUAAUGUGAUGAUGAUAAUCUUUCAAUCAGAUAAAUAUUCUCUUUAAGAUCUGAAACAGAACAAUCAGACUAUGAAAUUGACAAGAAACCCAUCCCUCAUUAUGGUUUAUUAACAAAAAUAAGUAUUUUAAUUAUAUAUUUUAGAAAAUGAUCAUUUUCGAAAAUAUUCAAAAAACAGAAAAUAAGUUCGCAGUUUUGAUUAGUAAAUGAGUUUAGAUGAAAUAUCAAUGAAAAAUGAAGAAAUUUAGACAAGCACAAUAUAUAAUAUUCAUACAGAAUCCAUGUCUCAUUCAUUACAUAAAUCCUAAUAAUUUUAUUCUAAUAACUAAUAAUCUAUUCCUUCAUAAGAGAUUGUAUAAGUUGAAAUUAUUGAAAUCCCAGAAAAUAAGGAACCUUAAACUGAUCAUAGAAGAUCUAUUAUACCUUUUGAUGAUCGUAAGAUAGAAAAUUUGACUGAAAACAUUGUAUAAAAUAUAAUAGUUGAAUUUGCUGAAGAAUUAAAUAAUUUUCCUCUAUAAUCUUUGGGUGUACUAAUGGAAUGGGAUGAAGAGUCUUAGAUUGAUUAAUAAUUUCCUCCAGGCUUUCCAACUACAUUAAAUUUCGUUAAAGAUUAUCUAGUAUCUUUCAGCGAAUUUAUCCAAAGUAAAAAAUAGUCUUAUAAAUAGAAAAUUAUAUAAAUGAAUUUAUAAAAUAAAUUAACACUCCUUUAGGAAUAACUCCUUAAGAUUUGUUAAAAAGUAUAUCUUUAAGUGACAUGUAGUAAAAUAUUUUAGAUGAUUCAACAUCUGGUCCAUUAUAUCCAUUAAUUAAACAUAUUCAUUAAAUGGAGCCUCUUAUUGAUGAAGAAAUUUGGUUUAAAUUUAAUUAAUCCUACUCUCUCAAAUUGAAAUAUUUUAAUGAUAUAAAUAUUAGCGAUUAGUUUAAAGAAUUAGAAGUAUUUCAUUUAAGAAUGGUUUAUGAAGCAUUUAAUGAGGCCAUUAAUUAUGUACGUCCUUUUGGAAUUAGAGGUUAAUCAUAUCCUUGGAAAUCCAAUCCAUUAAAAGUUUAUCAAAAUAUUACAAUACCUGAAACUCUUGAUAGAGCAUUUGGAUUUGCAAUUUCUAAAAUGUUAAAAUGGGGAUCUUUUCUUUGUGGUUUCAUUCCAGAAAAAAUUGAAACUCCUUAAGGAGAACUUAUAGUCAUAGAAGACGAUUAUUUAAACCAAAUUAAAGAAGAUAGAUUAUAAUAAAUGUUAGAAUAUGAAGUAAAGCAUAUAUUAUAUUCAAAAGAUUUAAGAAUCUGAUGAAAAAUGGCUUAAUUAUGAUGAAGAAUAAGCUGAAGUUGCAGUUGAAUUGGCAGAUAUAGUUUUUGAAGCUAUGUUAGAUGAAGUUGCUGAAGAAAUAUUUAGAGCUAAUUCUAAAUAAACCUUAACAAAAUAAUAAUUUCAAUAUUGA